CUGAACGUUCAAGGAGGCAUGACAUUUAAUUGAAUGUACUGUUACCAUGGAGAGCGUGACAGGCAGGGAGACAGACAGUCAGGUACAAAGACAGUCAAACAAACAGACAGACAGACAGACAGACAGACAGACAGACAGACAGACAGACAGACAGACAGACAGACAGACAGACAGACAGACAGACAGACAGACAGACAGACAGACAGACAGAUAGAGACAGACAGACAAACGGAGAAAGAAUAACAGCUAGAGACAUAGAGGCUGAAGACGUGUUUCCAGCGGAUGGGAGAAUCGAGGGAGUGUUUGUGUUUGUGAAGCGGGAGGAAGGGUGUUGUUUGCUGGGUGGAGCUGAGACUGACCAGUCUGUUGGCAGAUCGCUAUCUUCUUUUCUCCGUCUCCUCUUCACCCCCUGUCUACGCCGACCAUUGAAAUCUCUUUUCUUUCUGCUCAACAAAGACGGUAGGAGACCAUCGCCUGGUGCAUCUCCUCCGCCGUCUCGACUGUUGUGUCGCGGUUUGGCUCGGAGGCUUCGGGAGGACGAGGAGGAGAAGAGGAGGAGGAAACGAUAGGAGGAGAACAGGAGGAGAACAGGGAUGUCUCGGAGGCGAAGCCAGCCGCACUAGAUGUUGUCUCACUGCCCCAGAAUGAGCGUAGCGCUGCAGGAUCUGCGGAACACAAUGUCCAGCUAUAAACGUGCUACCUUUGAGGAAGAGGAGGCUUCAGAUCUUCCUCGGGAUGGAAGCCCAUCGCCUGAAGGUGUCGAGGUGGGCUUCAGGAAGGGCUCCCUGGGGGGUUGGACCCAGCUGGAGGUCUGGCUGGCUGCUCUGCUCCUCGUCUCAGUCCUGCUGCUGCUCCUCACCCUCACCCUGGGACUAACACAGAGCCCAGAUGGGAGCAAGGAGCUGUGUCUCUCGGAGGCGUGCGUGAUGCUGGCGGGGCGGAUGGCGGAGGCGAUGGACCGCCAGGCGGACCCCUGUCAGGACUUCUACCAGUACGCCUGCGGGGGCUGGACCCGCAAGAACCCCCUCCCCGACGCCCGGUCCCGCUGGUCCACCUUCAACAGCCUCUGGGAGCAGAACCAGGCGCUGCUCAAACACAUCCUGGAGAACGGGACAUUUAACGGGACCAGUGAAGCGGAGAGGAAGACCCAGUCCUACUACCUGUCCUGUCUGAACCAGCCCCGCAUAGACCAGCUUGGGGCUCAGCCUCUCAUAGACCUAAUCACCAAGCUGGGGGGCUGGAGUAUAACAGGUAGGUGGGAGAAGGACAAUUUCAUGGAAGUUCUGAAGCUGCUGUCCGGACCGUACAGAGCCCAGCCCUUCUUCUCCCUGGGAGUCAGCACGGACCCCAAGAACUCCAACAGUAACGUCAUCCAGGUGGAACAGUCUGGUAUUUUCCUCCCAUCCAGAGACUACUACCUCAAUAAGACAGCCAAUGAGAAGGUGUUGGAUGCGUAUCUGGAGUACAUGGUGGAGCUGGGCCUACUGCUGGGAGGGAGCAGGAACUCCACGGAGCAGGAGAUGAGGCAGAUCCUGGAGCUGGAGACGGCUCUGGCUAACAUCACCGUCCCUCAGGACCAGAGGAGAGACGAGGAGAAGCUCUACCACAAGAUCACUAUCGCUGAUCUACAGGUCCUUGCUCCGGCCGUGGACUGGCUGGACCUCCUGUCCUCGUCCCUCUCUCCUCUGGAGCUGAACGACACUGAGCCGGUGGUCAUCUACACCAGAGAGUACCUGGUGGAGAUGUCUCAACUCAUCGCACGCACUGACCGCAGUCUGCUGAAUAACUACAUGAUUUGGACAUUGGUGCAGAAGGGCGUCGCUAGCUUGGACCAGCGGUUUGAGAACGCCCAGGACAAACUGCUGGAGAGUCUGUACGGAACCAAGAAGUCGUGCACGCCGCGGUGGCAGACGUGCAUCGGCAACACCGACGACACCAUGGGCUUCGCCCUGGGGGCGCUGUUUGUCAAGGAGACCUUCGACAGGAACAGCAAAGGAAUCGCAGAGCAGAUGAUAAAUGAGAUCAGGACUGCAUUUAAAGAAUCUUUGGACCAGCUGAGCUGGAUGGACCCUGACACAAGAGAGGCAGCCAAAGACAAGGCUGAUGCCAUAUACGAUAUGAUCGGCUUCCCAGACUUCAUCCUGGACCCCAAAGAGCUUGAUGACGUCUAUGAUGGGUACGAGGUUGGGGAAGAGAGUUUUUUCAACAACAUGUUUAAUUUCUACAACUUCUCAUCCAGAGUGAUGUCAGAGCAGCUGAGGAAGAGACCCAGCAGAGACCAGUGGAGUAUGACUCCGCCCACGGUCAACGCCUACUACAUGGCCACCAAGAACGGAAUCGUGUUCCCAGCUGGGAUCCUGCAGGCUCCGUUCUACUCACACGACCAUCCCAAGGCGUUAAACUUUGGAGGGAUUGGCGUUGUGAUGGGUCAUGAGCUCACUCACGCUUUGACGACCAGGGCCCGAGAGUAUGAUAAGGAAGGGAACAUGCGUCCGUGGUGGCAGAACUCCUCUGCAGUCCUUCCAGCAGCGCACGAGUGCAUGGUGAGCAGUACAGCCGCUACACUGUCAACGGGGAGAAGGUCAACGGGAGGCAGACCCUGGGGAGAACAUCGCAGACAAUGGAGGACUGAAAGCUGCUUACAAUGCCUACCGGUCGUGGGUUCGACUCAACGGAGAAGAGAAGAGACUUCCAGCUGUUAACCUGACUAAUGACCAGCUGUUCUUCUUGGGGUUUGCUCAGGUAGUUUAUCCAGCAUUCUCUGUAUCUCUCUGUAUAUCUCUCUCUCUCUC